GAGGUGAUUGCCGUAGACUGGAAGGGACUGAAAGAUGUGGACCAAAUCAACAUGGACAGCACCAGUUCACUGCAUGGCAGCAGCUUCCAUCGACCUUCUACUGAGCAAACACGGACAGACUUCUCCUGGGAUGGUAUCAAUCUCUCCAUGGAAGAUACGACCUCCAUCCUUCCCAAGCUGAAACGCAACUCCAAUGCUUAUGGGAUUGGGGCUUUGGCUAAAUCAUCUUUCUCUGGGAUAUCUCGCAGCAUGAAGGACCACGUCACAAAGCCGACAGCCAUGGGGCAGGGCCGCGUGGCACACAUGAUCGAGUGGCAAGGCUGGGGCAAAGGCAGCAGCCAGCAGCAGCAGCACACCCACGAGGCCGCGCGCAAGGACGCUGACGCCUACUCCGACCUGAGCGACGGCGAGAAGGAGGCACGCUUCCUGGCAGGAGUGAUGGAACAGUUUGCUAUUUCUGAGGCAACUCUCAUGGCCUGGUCUUCCAUGGAUGGUGAAGAUGUGAGUGUAAACUCAAAUCAGGAGAACCCAGUAGGCAACUACUCUGAGAACUAUCAGGAGCUAAUGGAAAGCCAAGAGCAUAUGGCCCAGACGCAGUACGAUAGCUGGCCUCACUCCUACGUCUCGCAGGGCAUGUAUUGCUUAGGUUCGUCUGAUGCCUGGGAGACCAGUGACCAGUCCCUCAUUGCUUCCCCAGCAACUGGCUCAUACUUAGGCCAGAAUUUUGAUGAGUCCCAGACAAACCUUCAGGAAAUGUGGCCCCUCCAGACUGCUCAGGGUGGCCGUGGGGCUGAGUCCAGCACGUACAUGGAGGACCACAUUGAGGAUGAAGGGAACCCACGGCUGGAGAAGGCUCCUCUCCUAAACAAGAAGCCCUCUCCAGAGGAGGACGAUGCACUGUGCCGGGACCUGGAAUCACUGUCUCCUCGAGAGGAGAUGGAGCACGCUGCUCUGAGCCGCAAAGUCUCAGAUGUCACCUCCUCUGGGGUGCAGUCGUUUGAUGAGGAAGAGGGAGAAACAAACAACUGA